UUAUACAAAUUUAUUAUUAAAUAAGUGAUAUUAAAUAAUUAAGAAGACAUUUACUUAUGUUCAUUAUAAAUCUACCUAACAUUUUAACAAGAAAUUUUUCAUAUAAGAUUUUAUUACAAUGAAAUUUUUUUCGUUUAUUUUAAUAUUUAUUGUAAUUUUCCUCUUGCAACCAGAAAAAGGAGUUCAUUGUGAAAAUUAUCAUGAUAUGUAUGAAAAUUAUAUCGAAAGGGUGGUGAGUCACAUUUAUUUAAAAAUUAUAUUGUACCAAAAUCAAGAUUCAAAGAAUGCUACUGGUAGAGAGGAAGAUCUUCAAACAAACACUAUCAUGUUAAAUUUAAGACAAAAAUAUUGUUAUACAAUAGGUAUACUCAAUUUCAAGUACAUUGAAAUACUACAAAAAUACUUUGAUAUAAUAAAACUUAUGCUUAAUAUGUGUCUGAAAUAUCAUAAAAAUAAUGAAUUGAAUUAUUUCAGCUCCUGUGUAGAAACGCUUGAAAAAGUUCUAAAAAUUUCCAAAACUAUGUUUAAAAAACUACACAAUGCUAUGAAGUUUAUAAGUUACUUAGAUAUAAGAUUAUUGUUUACAGAAGGCUUUAUACCGCAUCCUAUAAUUGAUGUAAUCGACUUUAUAUAUCAGUAUGUCUUAGAAAAAAGUCAGGAUACCAGCUCUUUAGAUCUCAACAAAUCACCUUAUGAAAUCUCUGUAAUUAAACUUGAGAAUUUGACAAAAUUUCAAUUUGAUGCAUCAAAAAGAAUAGGCAAAUUUGUUGAAAAUAAUAAAUUUAUGUUUAUUUAUAUAUUAACUGAUAUGUCAAAAAUUAAAAUUGCGGAAUUACCUAAUGAUUUAAAUUUUGUAAGAAUAGAAAUAAUUAAUAAGUUUUUCAACGAAAUUAUAGAAGUUUGGUACAAAAACCUAGGAUUUGAAGAAUUUAUCAAACCUAAAUCAGCAGAAUUCAUACCUCCAAUAGACCCAGAUACAAAUCAAAAUGAUGGAAUUGAAGCUCUUAAUAUUAUUCGUAGAGAAUCUGGUUGGAAAGAAAUGAACCACAUUAGUAUAGUUUAUUUUGGUAAACAAUUCAGUGUAGAUCGUAUAAUAAAUGAUGAAGUUAGUAACAUAAAUUUUCAAAUAAAAAAAAAACACGUAUCACAAUUAUUAAGAUGUAGAUUUACAGAAAUAAUGAAAAACUAUCGUUCAUUAUUUUCUGCAAUGUUAUAUAUAUGCGAUAAAGAUGCCCAUAACUACUACAAUAAUUGUGUAAUUAAAUUAUUUGGCUCAUUAGUUAAAUCAAAAACAAUGCUUGAAGAUUUAUAUGAAGCUUUAGUUACUUUAAAGAAAUCAUCAAUAUGGAGUGUUAAUUAUACCUCUGAAUCAAAUUUACAGAUUGUUUUUGAAUGGGUUGCAGGAUUUCUCAGUUUGUUGGAGAAUAAUGAUUUUUCUUUAAAAAAUAUUAAUGAUAAUAAAAUGAUUAAACAACUUCUCAUCAUUUUUAAAAAAAAAUUUAAUGUUUUUAGUACUCUUUUAUUGAAUGAAAUUAAGAUAUUUGAUACCCUGUGCCAUAAAGAUGACAAAUUUAAAAAUGUUCAGUAUUAUGUAAACUAUUUUAGGAAUCCAGAAAAUGAAUCAAUUAAUUUAAAUCCUGAGAAUUCAAUGCAAAUUAUGCUUAACGCAUGUAAUUUUUUUGACAAUUUUUGUGAAAAUGUUAGCAAAUCUUGUUAUAAAGAUCUGGGCUUUGAAAAACUUCCACACUGUAAAAUAAAGAAUUAGACUUCAAACUUUUUUAACUUAUAUUUAAUUCACUAUAAUCACAACUUGCACAAUGAUUUUUGACUUAGCGAUUGUUUUACUUCCGUACAUAAAUAAUAUUUAUUGUUUCCGGAAUAUUUUAUUAAUAUACAAUUAACACUGUAUAAUUUUAUUGAGCAAUAUAGUCUUCAGUAAUUCUAUUAAUGUACUAUA